AAAUGUCAUUUUAAUUGUCAAAUGUGUCGGUGUAUACCUAAAGAACAGUCGAUAAUUUUUUCGCAAUCGGAGUGUUUUUAGAGAAAAAUCACAUAAAAUUUCCAUAGCUGCUGUCAAAGAGUGUGAAAAGCGGAAAAACUAAUAAAAAACACGAACAAAUUUCAUUGCAUAGUUUGUUUACAUCAGCAGCGGACAAAGUGUUCGAAUAAAACAAAACUAACGCCGCCACUCCAGUGGCAAAUGUGUGUCUCUGUGCAACGGUGAAAAAGAAGUUUUCGUUUGGCGAACGCGUUGUACCCUACCCUGUUAUUGGCUGGUGUUGUGGGCUACACAUAGGGGUUGUUGCGGGUGUUAUUUAAUCAAAAAGAUUUAAUUGUUAAUUACAAUUGUUGUUUGUAUUCCAACAAUAUGCAAGCCAAGGAACAGAACAUCCAGGCCAGUGCCCGCCUGUGUGAGGCCAUUAAAUGGCAUCCCUGUUUGUAUGACACCAAAUCGAAGGUGUAUCAAAUGAAACAUGCAGUCGAUGCUGCCUGGCGUUCAAUUGCCAAUGAGUGCGAAGAUACAGUGGCCAACUGUAAAUUCCGCUGGCGCAUAAUUCGCAAAUCCUUUGCCAUUACAUAUCGCGGACAUGGCAACAAAAAUAAACAUUAUCUCCAGGAUUAUUUGGAAUUUUUGGUGCCACAUGUGGCAAGUAUUGACAUCCAUGAUGGUAGCCUAAAGAAACCAGAUCCCAAGAAGUCGACGGCUCCAACAGAAGUCGAAGAAACGCAACAACAACAGCAGUCGCAGUCACAGCAAGAAGAACCCGAUGAGGAUGGCCUCGAAGAAGAAUAUGAAAUAUUUGAUGAUAUUGAAAAUGAGAAUGACGAUGAUGAAGAUUUUGAACAAGAAGAGGAGGAACAUCAUGAAUUGGACGAAGUGGAUGGAGAGUUUCGGCCACGUCGAGGCGGCGGAGCUAACAAACGUAAAAGGCAACGUCAAAUGGAUGAGGAUGGUGAAAGUGAUACCACCAGUGCCGAUGAAACGCUGAAGGAAAAGGCAGGCGAAAGAAUUACAAGGCGCCGAAAGUUGGCCACCAAACCGGUGGAUACCAAUGACGGUGAUGAGGAGGCAGAUGAUCAACAUGGCGAUACCGAUGAAGGCCCCACACGCGGCAGACGUAUUGUGCGCAUGCGUAAGGUCACGAAGAGAUUUUUGGAAUCUGGUCUAUGUGAUGGCCGCAAAAAGGAUAAGGCGGACGAGAAACGUCCUCGUCUCUCAAUGGAAAGAGGCAAGAAAUCCACCCCCUCAGCAAGUCCCACUGCCGAGGAGUUUGAUAAACGCAAAUCCGUGGGAAAUAUACCAGCAAAACGGGUCGAAGUGAAAUUGAUUAAAACAAAACUUAAUGAAUCCACAGCCACGGCACCGACUGCUCCCUCUUCUUCGGCGUCGGAAACCAACAAGAAAUUACGAACAGACAACGUAGAAAAGCCGGGCUUAAAAAUUGCAAUACCAGAAAAAAUACGUCCCGUCAUAACCCGGCCCGACAAACAGCCGGGUAAUUUAAUAAAAGUCAUCAAUGCUCCGGUGACGACCUCCGCCCCAGAAAAACCCCUAACUCUGACACAAGAAGGCGGGACCUAUAAGAAAUUAGUUAAUCGCACCACCCAAUGUGACAACGAACAUCCCAAGACUUUGGAUCAACAAUUCCUCGAUAGCAUUUUGCCACAAAUGGAGUACAUGAAUGGACGUCAGAAAUUCAAUUUCAAAAAGAAAGUCUUUUCCGCCCUCAUGGAGGUAUUCGAUGAUCCCAGUAAUUUUCCCAAUCGUGAGGAUGUGCCCGAACCGCCAGCAGGGGCUGGGGCUUUGCGUUAUCAAAACACCACAACCGCGGAGUUGCGUUUGAUACGAGAACUGGUUAAUUUGAUACAGGCCGCAAAAACAACGCCCGAAUUAAUGGAGGGGGGAAGUAGCGGAAACAAUUUGGUCAAAGAAAAAUCUCCUGAUCUCACAGGAACUUUCGGGGAUGAGCAAAAAUAUGAUUCGAAUGAUCUCAAAAUGGGUAAAAUGCAAAAUUCAAAUCGUUCUGAGUCAUUGGGUCUGCCGCGGCAUAUUCUGCAAAAAGUGGUUAAGGUGGCCGGUACUACGGGCGGUACAAUACUCAGCCAUGAGGGAGAUAAGAGGCGAGUCUAUCGCAUAUAUCCCAAGGGUAUGCUGCCCAACUCUCCGGGAAAUAAUAGCAGUAAUGCUAAUGCCGGUACAACCCCCAUUGGGACAUUUUAUGUGACUCCGCCCAAAACUACCACCCCUCAGCAAACAAAUACCACCCAAACAAAAGCUGCUGCAGCCCAGAGCAUGACCAGCUCAAGCACCAAACCCAUUGUGUUUAAUGGAAAAAUUGUAAAUCACAUGACCACAUCAGCGGCAGCAGCCGCAGGCGGCACCACUUCGACCAGCACACAAGUGGUAUCCAACAACACCAAAGGUAGCCAACGGAUUGCUCUACGCACCUCCCAGGGUCUGGUCAUACAGAAACGUGUUUCUUCGGGCACCACAACAGCGGUACAAAACAAAAACAUUACAUCCAGCAACAGCAACAAAUCGACUCCAACUUCAACGCGUAGCGGUGGUGGCCAAACGGCCGGUCUUUCACAGAUACAAAUUUCCCAGCCCAUAAGUUUAAACGCUGCCGCAAAUUCCAACAACAGCAAUGUGAAAUCUUAUUUGGAAUCAAGUUCACCGGCUGGGGGAGAUGUCAAAAACAAAGUGACCGGAGAAUCCUCACCCAACACCAUACUACCCGAUGGCGGCAUGGUCGAUGAAGAUGAUGCCAAUGGCCAGACCAUAACCGGUGAUGGUUUUGAUCCGCUGUACAUUAAGUCGGUCAUUAAAGAUGAACCUGCGGAAAAUUUAUACAACAAAGUGAAAACAUCCAAAAGACAAUUGGUAGUACUUUCGUUGUUGUUGUUGCCCAGUCUGUGUGUGUGUUUGGUGUUAAAAAUGAAGGAUGGUCCCUGUAUGAACGAUGAACAAUUCCAAAGUGGCAUCAAACUAUGUGAAGCCGUCCGACGGCAUCCAUGUCUCUACGAUCCCCUGUCAUCAGGUUAUCAAAUGAGAAAUACGGUGAAUGCGGCAUGGAAGACCGUGGCCAAAGAAUGCUCCGAUACUGCUCCCAACUGCCGUUUUCGAUGGAAGACAAUUCGCAAUUCAUUCAAGCGAUCGUUUCGCAAAUUCGGCACAAGUUCCCAAUACUAUUUGUAUGAAUAUUUGGACUUUUUGGUUCCCCAUAUGUCGCUGAUGGAAAAGAACGAUGAAAGUAUUGGCCAAGGUGAUGAUGUUAAUCCCCUGCAGCUGGACAAAGAUGAUGAUAUCUCACACCUGGACGAUGUCAGUUUUACGAAUGAUACCGAAACGACCAAAAGUGCCGAUGACUUGUUUAAGAAUAAGCUAAGGCGCGCUUCUUCGGUAAUCGAUUUGGCUGCUGACAGUGAUGGUGAUGGGGAUGGGUUGAACAGUACGACAAACCAAGAAGUGGAGCAGAAGGAGAAGGAAAAGGAGGAAAGAAAGUCCAAGAGGAAUCGUGAAUCGCCGCCUUUGCCAAAAUUACAGCCAAUUCAACCGGUUCCGAGUCCUACAACUAAAUCGGACGAUUGUCGUCCCUUGCGUUCACGUAAGCCACCCAAACGUAUCUAUGAACCGGAUCAGGAUUCGGAGCAACAAGGCGAGAAAAGGCAACGCCGUAUAUUGCAGAGGCGCAAGUCUUUGGGUGGCUUGGUCCUAAGGGAAUUUAUGUUCAAGAAUAACAUCACGCUGGAAGAUCAUCAAGCCGAAGAGCAACGCAAAGCGACAAUCACCUUCAAUGAUGAGCCUGAAAUUGAUCUUCAUCACCAGGAAUCAUCGUUGGAUGCUGUGAAAGAAAUUGAAAAUCUGGAAAAUAAUUGGAAACCCACAAUGGAGGCGGGGGUGUGUGUCAAACCUGAAAUGCUGGAUGCCUGCACGUGGACCGAAGCCACGGAAAUAACAAGUGACAAGGCCAUACAGAGCAAUGAAACUGCUCGCAGCAUGGACGAUGAAUUCCUGGACUCGCUACGGCCCCAGAUACAGACCAUGAAUUUUCGCCAGAAAAUCAAUUUCAAGCAACGUGUCUACCUUGCGCUCAUGGAUGUCUUGGAUGAUGCAAAGAAUUUUCCCAACGACGAGGAUGACAUUGUGGAGCUACCCCCACCGAUGGCCAAACAUUUUGAGUCGGCCACAAAUGGUGAGUUGCGUUUAAUGCGUGAACUUGUCUCCCUGGUCAAGGCAGCCAAGGUGUCACCGGAAAUUGUGGAGGCCAAUCGCAAGGUGACAAUACUCAGAACAGCAUCGGAAAAUAAUCUCUCGCCACCGGCUCGCAAUGACGUCAUAUCUCCCAUACCCAAUGGCCUGGAAGAGUUACUGGGAGAUGCUGAGAGCGAUGGAACAACGGCCUCAGAUUCCCCGGUGGUUGCCGCCAAGUCACACGAUUCCCUAGGGAUACCCAGGCAUAUUUUACACAAGGCCGUUAAGGUGACGGGGCAAAGUGGCGGAACUUUGCUGGCCCAAAAUGGUGACAAACGGCGCAUUUAUAGGAUAUAUCCCAAAAAUCAGGCACCAGGUUCUGGCACCAAUUCUCCCCAGAGUGGGGGAGACAAAGUGGUGGGUGGCUCUCAGCAAGGCAGCAGCAGUGCUUCGGGAACAUUUUUUGUCACACCCUCAAAAGCGCCAUUGAAUCGCUCUGCCACCUCGAGCUACUUUGGUUCGGUGAAAUCAAGCCUUACCCAGCCGAUCAAUAAACCCCUCAGUAAAGCAAUUCUCUCGCAACCUCUCAACAAGCCUAGUCACACACCCAUGCGUGGCACGGCAAUACAGUAUCCCAAAAUUAUAGCCAAGCCAACGGGAACUAGUCCUUCAUCUGGCAACAAUGGUAGCGCACCCUCAUCAUCAUCAUCAUCUUCGUCGUCGUCGACAAUGUUACCACCCAGUUCGACCAGAUCACCUGCCCUGUCCGGCGCCAAUUCCUCGAAUUCCACCCCAAUGCAGGGUCAAAAAAUAAGCAUUGCCACCCAUGUGCCCAGUGCCAAUAUCUUUCGUCGGCGCUACUCGAUAUGUGGUCCAGCUCCCAACUCAAACUCCAGCCCAGCAAAUCGCUUGGUAACUGCAAAUGGUGGCCCCGGAACUCCACCAUCUUCGGCGGGUCAACUAUCUAGGCAGACAGUAUCACUGCAGCCAUUGCAGAAUAUCCAACAAAUGAGGCAGGGAUUGCAGCAGCAUUUACAGCAAAUGCGUCAGGGUUUGCAGCAAACACAACAGCCGUUUAGGUUAUCCCAAACACCCAUGAGGCUUGCCGGCUCAUCUACGUCAUCCCCUCAAAGCAGACCACCACCAUUGCAGCAAAUACGGCCAGUCACCAUGGCCAACUAUAAUUCUGGGGGAAAUGGCCGUAGCACAACCUCCAACAACACAUCAUCAAACACCUCAUCCUCCUCCUCGUCUCCAUUUCAAAUCAUAGCACCCCGUAGCCUUAACGCCUCCCACAAUGAGUACAACUCUCACAGCAACAGUCCCAAGGGCCAUGACUCCAAUUCCGCAGAUGGUCCCGUGUCGUCCACAAAACACAACAAUGUCAUCAACGAGGCCCUCAACGAUGGUCCCACACCACCCGAUUCAUGUUCGCAGAACUCCAAUGAUAUACCCAGCCAGGAAACAGCCGGCACCAUAGCGGCCGAUUCCUUUGAGCCAGAAUUUCCCAAGCCUCCCUUUAUCAAAGAUGAACCUGAAGAUUAAAAACAAGAAGUAAAACACUUAGUUUAGUUUUGUAAUUAUUAUUUUUCCACAUUUCAUUAAUUGACUUUUUGGUUUUUGAAAAAACAACAAUUGUUUAAUAAAAACAUUUAAAAAAUUAAAAAAAAAAACAAAGAAAUUAUAUAUUUUUUUAUUUUCCAUUUCAUGU